AUGAGUUCGAGGAUCCACCAAGCAACGAGCGCAGUACCCGAGAUUGACAGUGUCAUCGCAUCAACAUCGCGUACUCCUUUCACCGAGGAACUGACGGAGGUCAAACUCCGAAAGAUGGACAAGUUGCGUCUUCCGGAAUACAAACCAGGAGGAGAUCCCGUCGAGCACUUGACGGCUUUUAAUAUUGCGGUAGCGAGGGCCAGACUCGCCCCCGAUGAAAGAGACGCGGGAUACUGCCAACUUUUCAUUGAAACACUCAACGAGCAAGCCUUAACCUGGUUCUCGGGACUCGAAGAGAAUUCAAUUAGAAGCUUCAAAGAGCUCUCCUCGGCUUUUCUCAAGACUUACAUCAUGUUCACCAAGCGUGAAGCAACGGCGUCGACUCUCUGGAACCUCAAGCAAACGAAGGAUCAGAAUCUUCGCGAUUACAUGGAACGUUUUAAGUCGGUCGUGUCAAGAAUCAAUAUCCCAGACCCACAUCGCCGUCGAUGCCUUGAGGAACAAUCUCCUUGUGGAAUCUCACGUCGAACCUCGUCAGCAUGCUCCAAGCGACAAAAUAACCGUAAGAACGGUCUCCUUUACGUCGUCGACGAAAACGGGAAGAAGUGGAACACCUUUCAUCGGGAAACCGAUCCUCCAAGCGAAUCCCCCCGAGCAACAGCGCCAGCCACGGUCGCCCAGGUCGAUUCGGCAGCGGGAUCUUCCCGGACCCCACCAGGGCUUACUAAAUCGUGCAAACUCCACGGCGUAAAAGGUCACGACACUUCAGAGUGCAAAACACUUUUUGCGCAAUUCCUCUCCUCACUCGAAAGCGGUGAAAUUAAGAUUCCUCCUCCGAAGCCAAAAAGCGAGAACAGUUGGAGCAGAAACAAGGACAGGAAAAAUCAGCGAAAAAAUCAAGCAAGACCGCGUCAAGACGACAAAAAACCAAAGGUCGCCGAGCAAAUCCCACAUCAAGACGAUGAUGGUGACGCCUCAGCUGACGAAGAUCCGCCGGCAGCCAGACAAAGGAUUGAAGUCAUUCGAGCCCAACCGGAGUCCUCAUCAGACGAAGAGAGCGAUCUCGAGGAAGCCUCGACCCGUUGGACUUACGUGUACUCCUCAAACGAAAGACCACGCCAACGAAUGACAAGACUCCCGGAUCAUCCGAUCUCCGAGUCGAGCUCAAUGCUAAAAGAACUAAGCAUUCGCUGA